GUUUGGCUUCAACACAUGCAAUCUAAGCCGUUUGUUUUAUGCCAUACCUUUCAUGUCCAGAGAUCUAACAGUCCCCCGAACAUUCAAACAGCAGGUCAAUUACAGUCCCAAAGGCGAUCUCAAACAGGUGACACAACUUCUGGAACACCCGGCAUCAAUGAAUCUACAUCUCCACCUGUUAAUUUCCGACUUAAUGCUUUCAAUCCUCGUUUUCAAAUGUUUGACUUAUUAUUCGAUCGAUUUGGUCUUGCCUAUUCUCGCCUCUUCCCUCCAAUGGCUCGACGUAUACUAGAAUUUUUCACUUUAAUUAUGGCAUUUUCUGGUCUGGGAAUACUUAUAUACAUACAUAUAAUGUUCGUCCGUUCACCUCCUACUUGCCUGGAUCAUCUUCGACCCGACGAUUAUUUGUCACAAAAUCUUAAAUCUUCUAGCCAUGGACAAUCUCCAGUGUCUUUUGGCUCUGAUUUCAUACCAUCCAUUUCAGAUGAGGAUUUAGAAUCGGAGGGCAAAAGUAGAAAAGAAGAGGAUAAAAAGCCUUUUGAUUUUCUUUUUUUUCGUAUGUUUAGAAGUGGCGGCCCCACGGAUGAUCCUAAGCCAGCACUUUCUACACAGCCUAAUGGAUUAUCUGAAAAGCCAGUCGAAAAAUGGCCUAGAGAAGGAGUACUUCGUGUGGAGGUCUUACGUAAUGCCCCAGCUGAUUAUGAUUUAGCUGCUUCAUAUGCUAAAGAGUUCGCGCAUCGUGAGAUAGACGAAUCCUACUACUUAGAGUCAUCUCCCGGCUCUUCAGAAAAUUCAGAAACUUCAUCCAAUAAUUUGAAGAGCGACUCACUCAUCUCUAAACAGAGUAUCAUAAAGAAAUCAAGAGAAUCCUCUAGCGGACUACGCUCUUAUCUUGAACAGGAGUAUUACAAAAUGCGCCAUCGCCUUUCUUCACUUUUUUCUCUAACUUGGCAUAAUGCCGAAAUUUCUGAAGAACAAGAAACCUUAGCUUCUGAGGAAGUAUCCGUUGUAAAUAGUGAUGACAAGAAGGAUAAAGAAAAUACCUUUGUUGCUGUUAUUUUGCUUCAAUAUCGUUUAUGGAUGCGUUUAUGGGAUUUCAUCAAGCAUACGUUUUGCAAACUUAGUGCCUUAACGAAUCCAGUAUUUGCUUCUGAGCCUUAG